GUCCAGUUACAGAUAGAGUUAAGUGAACCCACUAUACCUGUUGUCCACAUAUUACAGCGCCCUUUAUUAUAUAAAAUGGAUUGUCAGUUUGUGGAAGAAUCUGCGGGGUUUAAGAACCUCUUGAAAUCUCACUCUGAUAACAAGGAGCCGAAUCUUGGCGUACUUUUGUCUGAUAAAACAAGAUGUAACGCAUUGAUAAAGCAAUUUGAUGGGAUCACCUUGGAUGUAUCGCGUCAGUUGUUAACUUUGGAGACCAUGGACAAACUAUUAGCCCUGGCUAAAGAGAUGAAGGUCAAGGAAAAGACAAAGUUCCUCUUUGACGGAACAAUUCUGAAUACAUCUGAACGUCGAUCUGUCUUACAUACCGCCCUAAGGCUUCCUAAAGGUUCAUCGUUGGUUGUAAAUGGAGAGGACGUCUUGCCCGGCGUUCAUGAAGUAUUAGAUCGUAUAAAAAGUUUUUCCGAUGACGUUAGAAGUGGGAAGGUAACAGCUUCUGAUGGAAAACCGUUUGACUCGAUACUUUGUGUCGGAAUUGGAGGUUCAUUCCUUGGUACUGCAUUCACCAGUGAGGCUUUCAUGGGAUACGAGCAUGCCAGAAGGGCUGCAUUUGGAAAAAAAAUCAGAUUUCUGUCAAAUGUAGAUCCAGCAGGAUUCAGAAUUGUGGCUGAUGAGUUAGAUCCAAAUAGAACACUUGUCAUAAUCAUAUCAAAGACAUUCACAACAGUUGAAACUAUUAAAAAUGCUAUAACAGUUAAACAAUGGUUGUUGGAUAAUAUUGCAAAUCCUAAAGAUUUUUGUAAACACUUGUGUGCUAUAAGCACGAAUUUAAAAUUAACAAAGGAGUUUGGUAUUGAGGAUUCAAGAGUGUUUGGAUUCUGGGACUGGGUGGGUGGUAGAUAUAGUGUUUCUAGCGCUGUUGGGGUAUUACCCCUAUCCAUAUACUUUGGAUUUGAUAUUGUUGAAGGAUUUUUGAAGGGCUGUCAUUCGAUGGAUAAACAUUUUUUGGAGUCCGAACUCGAAGAGAACUUGCCCGUGUUAAUGGCUCUUUGCAGCUUCUACAAUUCUGCAAUUCUAGGAUUCAACACAGUAGCCAUUCUUCCAUAUAGUCAGGACUUGAGCAAAUUUGCACCUUAUAUCCAGCAAUUGAUUAUGGAGAGUAACGGAAAGUCUGUCCGCUCGAAUGGAGAUCCACUGCCCCUUGGAGCUUCUGAGAUUUACUUUGGCGAGCCAGGAACAAAUGGUCAACAUAGUUUUUACCAGUUGUUUCACCAAGGUCGCACAGUUCCAUCAGAAUUCAUUGGAUUUGUAAAGAGCGAUAAUAAGGAUAAUGCAGUAAAUGGAACUACACAUCACCAAGAACUGAUGGCUAACUUUUUUGCACAACCAGAUGCCUUGGCCUACGGCCUUUCCAUGGAGACACUCUUGUCUGAUGGAGUAGGUGAGGAAAUCGCAAGGCACAAGGUAUGCCCCGGCAAUAGACCUUCUCAGGUUUUGCUUUUUGAUGAGUUGACUCCUUAUACAGUUGGUCAACUGGUGGCACUCUAUGAACAUAGGACGGCAGUUUGUGGCUUCCUUCUAGGUAUAAAUUCAUUUGAUCAAAUGGGUGUUGAAUUGGGGAAGAUACUCGCUUCUGAUAUUCGCAAAUUGUUUGCCUCUGGCACUAGGAACUGGUCAGAGCACGAAAAGCCGGGAAAACUCAGCUAUUCUACCACAAAGUUGCUUGAAAAGUUCACUAGAUAGA